AUGGAUCCUCCUCCCGGCUUACUUAGUGAAUACUUGGAUAUACUCAAUAAAGCCUCUGUUGAUUUGUCUCCCCAACUACAAGAUCAAGUAUACGGGGUUCGUCCAGGCCUGCCAAAGCUCUUCCGAGCCAAUUACCCCAUGUCCUACAGGGUUUCUCCCCUUUUCAUUUCGUUGAUCGAGAACGAGUACCAUCCCAAUCAUCAUGGCCUUCGGCAUUUGUUUUGGGGCACCUUUUACAGCGUGGCCGGUUAUAUCUCGAAUAAUGAUCGAUAUUCAGUGGCUAUUGCAAGGCUAUUCGGAUUCUUCCGAAAUCAUUGUUUCAAAGGGAAGAAAUGCGUAAUUGCGUAUCUUUUUGCUUCAUGUCUACUUUAA